AUGCAGACUCCACUGAGCAGCCCUGUGCCUGUGCUCCGGCUUCCCCGCGGCCCCCAGGGCCUGAGCAGGGGCUUUGCGCCUGACGGGCGGAGGGCUCCCCUGAAGCCAGAGGUUCCUGAAGCCCCGGAGGCUCCUGCAGUUCACGAAUGUCAGGAGUCCCAGGAGCAGCGGGCCAGAGCUGUCCUCCGGGAGCGCUACCUGCGCAGCCUGCUGGCCAUGGUGGGCCGCCAGGUCAGCUUCACCUUGCACGAGGGUGUGCACGUGACCGCCCACUUCGGAGCCACUGACGUGGACGUGGCCAACUUCUACGUGUUGCAGCUGCAGACUCCGAUAGGUGUGCAGGCGGAGGCGCUGCUCCGGUGCAGUGACAUUAUUGCUUACACCUUCAAGCUAUGA